AAAAAAAAAAAAAACCUCUUUUGAUGUCGAUAGAAAGCCCGACAGUUAUGUCAUCAAUGAUCUCGGAAAAGCACCCAGCUGAAGCUGCCAUUCCAACCUGCAAAAUCAAUCGAUUGCAUGGGUGACUUUGCAGGGAGCCAAUCGCCGGUAUCGACGGCUACCCUGAGUACCCAGCCCAAUGAGGCUGCAGUAGCAAUCAACCUAGCCACCCUGCCUCCUGUAUUUGUCCUGCCCACUCAUCUCACACAGUCGGAGCUUCACCGAGUUGAAGACCAACUGGCCAAUGCCAAUGCUCCGCUUACCUACGACAUUGAAGAGGCCAAGCUCGUCCUGGGCAAUGUAGGCACCAAACGGCGAGCCGAAUUUGAGCUGCGCUGUAGGAAGCUUUGGACCCAGGAGGUGGCCACAACCAAGCGGAGCUUAGCCACUGCCGAUGAGAAACAUACUGAGCCUGAACCGGCGCAGAAGAGGAAACGUAUACAAGAACCUGCCGAAAAGGAAGAUCUUCCAAGCGACCCAAGCGUCUCGGAGAAUGCCUCAAGCAUAAUACCCGAUCAGAAUGCUGGGCCGGGGACAAGAAUCCACGAAGCAGAGGAACGCGAAGCACCGUUAUUCAAGAACCAGGAUUCAAUCAAAGUAAUCAAGCUGGAUUGGUUUACCAAUUCUGUAGACUUGGGCAUCUUACUGGAUCCCGAGCCGUAUAAAGUAUACGAAGGCAUAAAGGUUGAAAGACCAGAGAGUCUCUUAACCUCCAAAACCCUCCCCACCGCACAUGUAGCUUCUACUGCUGCCCAGUCCAUUCGAUCGCUGGCGGAGAGGAAGGAAUUGUCAAAAGGGAUCCUCGAAAGAGCAAAGGUCGACCUAGAUGAUACACCAUCAAAACUGGGCGGCCUUUCUCAGUAUGCCACCGCAGGAAGCGAUCCACGCCCUUACAACCAUCAUGCCCGUCAAAGCGGUGACCACGGUUUCACCAGACCCACCCAUCUUCUCCGCCAGACGACGUCUGAGCAUGAUGACGGCUCCAGUAAUGAGCUCCCGGAGAUGCCAGCCUGGGUAAAGCAAGGGCAGAUUUAUGCUUGCCAGAGAUCCACACCUCCUAACCCACCAAAUAAAGCCUUUAUUGAUCAACUGGAGAAGAUCAAACUGGCUAGGAUCCUGAUCAAUGACGAGAUAGGCGUACGCGCGUAUAGCACUAGUAUUGCAUCUCUCUGCGCCUAUCCGUUUAGUCUAACUACUACCCGCGAGAUCCUUGCUCUUCCUGGCUGCGAUGUGAAAAUUGCUCAUUUAUUUCACGAGUGGAAAAGCAAUGGCGGACAUAUCCGGACAGUUGAGGAAAUCGACAAGGACGAAACGCUCAAGGUUCUCAAACUCUUUUACGACAUAUGGGGUGUCGGAGCUACAACAGCCAAAGAAUUCUACUACGAUCGGGGCUGGCGGGACCUUGAUGAUAUCGUGGAGUAUGGCUGGCACGACUUGAGCCGAGUCCAACAGAUUGGAGUAAAAUACUACGACGAGUUCCUGAAAAAGAUACCCCGACCCGAAGUCGAGUUGAUUGCCGACAAAGUCAUGGAGCAUGCCCGACGUGUCCGGGAUAAUGACAUGGUAUGCUGCAUUGUCGGUGGGUAUCGUCGUGGCAAGCAGGAGUGCGGCGAUGUUGACAUGAUUGUUUCCCAUCCAGACGAGGAGAAGACACUUGGAGUCGUCACGGAUAUUGUUGCUUCAUUGGAAGCAGAGGGCUGGAUCACGCAUACUUUGACUCUUAACCUGACCACGUCAAACAGAGGCCAGCAGACAUUACCUUAUCGAUCUAACAAAAGUGGCGUGGGCUUUGAUUCCCUGGACAAAGCUCUAGUGGUUUGGCAAGACAUUAAUUGGUCAACCAAGGAGAGCGAUCUCGCUGUGAACCCCAAGGCGAAAAAUCCGAAUAUCCAUCGGCGGUUGGAUAUAAUUAUCGCUCCCUGGCAUGCUGUUGGCUGCGGCAUUGUGGGCUGGUCAGGCGGUACCACAUUUCAACGUGAUCUUCGGCGUUAUGCUCGCAAGGUCAAGGGCUGGAAGUUUGAUAGCAGCGGCAUCAGAGAUAGAGUGACGGGCGCAAUCGUCGAUGUUGAAGCUGUGGGCGGACGGAGCAAAACUUGGGAGGAAGCUGAGCGCAAAGUGUUUGCAGGCUUAGGUCUGGAAUACAGAGAGCCGUGGGAGAGAUGUACCGGUUGAAUAGUACCCGGUAAUAUCCUCUCUCUCAAAGGAGAUGAUUUCAAUUCAUUUUGAUUUUGGAAUUUAUACAGCGUGAUUUGAAAAUCCGCCGACGUUGAGCCUUUUGGAUUUGAUUGACUUGGGU